GUUGCUAUUACUUCUCUACGGGCAGAACAGUCAGCUGAGCGGGCAAAAUGGCAGCGGCAGAACAGAGCGGGCAUGCAGAUGUUCGAAAGCACUUCUUUCUCGUCAAGGAAAAUGUGAGCUCAGACUGGAAGGACCUGGCCUUCCAUCUCGGGUUCGGGCGAGCGGACACCGACAACAUUGCAGGGAGGAACCGGGAUGACAAGUCCCGCUGUAUGGACCUGUUGGAGGAAUGGCUCAAGCGGAACGGGGAGAGAGCCACCAUAGAGGUCCUGGUGGAGGCUCUGUCUGAGGCAAACUUGCAGAGUACUGUGGACAAACUGAAGAAAAUGACAAUAUCUGUGUCGGACGCAGCCCAGCCACAGGGUAGCCAGCGGGAGAGCAACAAGGACAGUGGGGGCCAGGUGGAGCAGGGUUUGCAAAUAAAACGUGUGUUCCAGGAAUCUGUGAAGGGAUUCUAUGAGAUGAAGCUGACGAAAUUCAAACCUCUGAUCUGGAACGACAACUUCACUCUUACCCUUGGUGAUAUUUUUACCGAGUUAGAGUUGAUAGGGACAAGGCAAAAGAUGCAAGAAGGUAACAGAAAGUUACAUUCGCUAGACGACUUGUUCAAGCCAGAUGUCACAGGGCUGUCCACAGUACCAAGGUGCAUUCUGAUUGAGGGUGAAGCUGGAGGGGGGAAGACAACGUUUCUGUCCAAAGAAGCCCUAGAUGCCGUCUCACAGAAAACAGAGCUGGGCAGACGGCACGACAUCGUCCUGUUGAUCCGACUCCGGGAGGUGAGAGAGGGGGAGACCGUAGAGGAGAUGGUGUGUGACCAGUGCGUUCCUGAAACAACUGAAGGUGUUGAUGUACAGUCCAUCAGAGCAAUCCUACAGAGGAACGAGUCCCGUGUGCUCUUCCUCCUAGAUGGGUAUGAUGAGCUGCGGCCUGAGGCCAGGGCGGCCGGGCAGGCCAUUCCCAAACUGCUGUCUGGUAAGAUGUACCCAAAGAGCACGAUUGUGAUCACCUCCCGACCCUCAGCAGGAGUGCAGCAGUACACCCAGCCAGACUGCCACGUACACAUCAUGGGCUUCUCUCCUGAACACAUGGAAAAAUAUGUGCGGCAAUAUUUCAGCAUCACUGAAAACUCAGAUGUGGCAAAUGGUCUCAUCACUAUCCUCAAGGAAAAGCAGCCCGUUACUGACUUGAUCCUCACGCCGAUUUUCCUGAUGUUGGUGUGCCUGCUGUGGGAGGAGAAUCCAGACUUGGUCUCUCAGGGAACAAUGACGGGAGUUUACAGCGACCUGCUGACGUGUCUGUGUAGGAAGCACUGCAAGCGGGAAGGAGUGGACAUGCCAACAGACGGGCUACCUGGAGACAUCGCUGCUUCAUUGCUGCAGCUCGGCAAGCUGGCGCUAGGGGCUCUGCUGAGGAACGAGACCCUACUAGACAUUGGAUCAUUACCACCGCGUGAGUGGGAUUGGGAGCUGCCGCUAAAGCUUGGUGUAGUGUCCUUUGAGGUGUCUGCCUCUAAACUGCAUCCCAGGAAACAGCUGAACUUCUCUCACAAAACGAUGCAGGAGUUCCUGGCCGGAAGAUAUCUCGCUCACGCUCUGGCGAAUCAAGACAUCGUUGGGCUGCUGCAGCUACCCUCUAUAAGAAAGGCAAUUGAACUCAGAACCCUGCUUCAGUUCACGUGUGGCUGUGCCUCACAGGCUGCGCAAGUUGUGUUGGAAGAGCUGAUCAGUCUGAGCAGGAAAGAGUUCGCGGAUUUACGCCCAGAGCACCUUGUCAGGCCAGGUUGGCUGUUGCCAGAGCCAGUAUCGGAUCGGAUGUUCGGACUCGCUGAAACGUACAGGCAGUUCGGUCUGCUCUGUCUGGACAUCCUCAGUGAACGAAAAGAGUUAGCCGUGUUGAACAAAGUCAGAAAAGCUAUGCCGAUUUUCGUCCUAUGGCACUUCACCAACAGAAAACGACAAACUGCCUUUAGGUAUUACUUAGACAACAUCCAGUCAUUGGAACUUCCUGAGAGAAUGAUGCUCAGGACAGUUCAUCUCAAUAUACCUUUAGGUCAGUACAUGGAGGAGACAUUCAUUUCCCCAAUUCCAGGUCUUCGGUUGGACCUUAGUUCAGCCAUGAAGCCAUUACCACCUGAACAGGCAGCCAGGUUGAUUUCCGCACUGAAGAAUGUCCCUGAUAUGAGGGCUCUGGAUCUCACAAGCACAAGUGUGACGCCUUCAUCACUCCAGCCACUAGUGCGGGGAUUCCAACACAUUCCCCUACUAGAAGAGCUGGAUGUUUCUUGCAGUAGGGAAUUCCGUGAUGUUGGGGUUAUCCAGUUGAGUCGUUGGCUGACCAUUGUUCCACACCUGGCUGUACUGCGCCUCAGUGCCGUCUACAUGUCAUGGAUAGGCAUGAUUUUCCUGGCAAUCCACCUGCCCAAGCUAGCGGGACUGAGGGAACUGGACAUAAGUGUAAAUACUAUCGGUAACGCCGGGCUGGUGCCUCUUGCCGCCAUCCUCCCCACCCUCACAAACAUGCAGGUGCUGAUCUUGUGGCAGAUCGGUAUCAGCUCCGCAGGCGUGCGCACACUGGUCCCUGCACUGAGGAAACUACACGGACUGAUCAAGCUGGAUGUCAGUGACAAUCCGGCCAUAGGAGACAUCGGGCUGGAACGCCUUACUGAAAGUCUCUUCCACCUCAUGGCUAUGAGGGUGCUGGGUCUAAGAGAAAUAGGUAUUAGCGAUAAAGGAAUAUCAUCCCUGGUCAAAGUUCUGCCUCACCUGGUGCAAUUACAGGUGUUGGAUGUGGGAUUUAAUAACAUUGGGGACUCCGGGAUUGUCUCGCUGGUGCAAACACUCUGCCAGACAAGCAAUGUGAACACGAAGCACACACCACCUGGUGACAAGAGUCUGACCAACUCCAAGUUGCGUGAGCUACACAUGGGGUACAACAGUGGAGUGACAGGAGUCGGACUGGGGAGGGUCGUGAAGCUUCUGUACGCACUGCCAGGACUGACCAAGCUGGACAUGUCUGGUUGCCGCUUAUCACAUCACGUACAUGCAUACCUGCGCGACACCGCUGCCAUGGAUCUGGCUCAGGCCCUGCCCAGACUCCCUGCCUUGGAGUGGCUGGUUCUAAGGAACAUCUGCAUGGAUUCUGCAGGAUUCCGGGCUGUCGUGCGGGCUGCUGAGGAGCACGGUACACCGUGGAGACUGUCGUACCACAAGAGUGGGCUUCCCUCGGAAGUGGACACAAGCACCAGAUGCCUGGACUUGGAAAAUACCAAUUCUCCAAGGGUUCGGAUCAGAGCGACGUCACCAUUUAGGACAAUGCGCAUGUAUAUGAUUUAAGUUACAAGAAAAUACCAUUAGUCGGAAUCAAACUUGACGUGUAUUUUAUUUUAUCAAAAGUUUGGAAACUAUGGAUAUGAAUCACACAUCUACGGAUUCAUAAAGUACACCGGCAUGUUGAGCGUAGGGCAUUAUAUUAAUUGUGAAACCACAAACAAAAUACAUCAUAGACGAUCUCUACUGAAGUUACAGACGUGUAGUUUUGCAGUUGACCUGAUCUAUAAUUUGAACAAAUGUUCUCAAAAUGUUAUUUCACGAUGUUUUUAGAAUGCCUAGUUUACGUCCAUACAUUUCACUGUUUGCUAUAGUAUAGAGUUUUCU